CUUAGCAACAAGCAGCUAGCUGCUUCAUGCCACCUUGGCUACUCUCUCACACGCGCUGUGAGCUGGGCGCAGGGUCGUCAUGAAUAAUUCUGUGUUUUAACGUCACAUACAUUUAUAUAGUUGACGUUAAAUAAACUUUAUGUGCAGCAGUUGACGCGGAGCGGCUCGGCGCUGCGCAGAAGUUCGCCACAUACCAUUUACGGGAGGAGCUCCUAACGUUGGGUAACAUUAGCACCGCCGCGGACAGACAUACAGUCAAUAACAGCUCAUUGAUUAGGUCGACUAAUGUUGGCGGACAUAGCAGCUGUGUGUAACAGGUGGUUUAUGUAUUCUUGGCAUCUCACUGAAACUAUCCAGGCACAGUGGAACUGAGGACGCCAGACAGAUAUUGCCACCAUGUUGGAGGAAGACAUGGAAGUGGCCAUCAAGGUGGUUGUGGUGGGUAACGGAGCAGUUGGCAAGUCCAGUAUGAUCCAGCGCUAUUGCAAAGGCAUCUUCACUAAGGAUUACAAAAAGACAAUUGGGGUGGACUUCCUGGAAAGGCAGUUAAUUGUAAAUGAUGAAGAUGUCCGAUUAAUGUUGUGGGACACUGCUGGACAGGAAGAGUUUGAUGCUAUUACAAAGGCUUACUACCGCGGUGCCCAGGCAUGCGUACUCGUUUUCUCUACCACAGACAGAGAGUCUUUUCAGGCUGUUGACAGCUGGAGGGACAAGGUGGAGGCAGAGGUUGGAGAUAUCCCAACAGUUCUAGUACAAAACAAAAUUGACCUCCUGGAAGAGACUGUUAUAAAAAACGAGGAGGCGGAGUCUUUGGCUAAAAGACUUAAGAUGAGAUUUUACCGUGCCUCAGUAAAAGAGGACCUUAAUGUCAGCGAGGUUUUUAAAUACUUAGCUGAGAAAUAUCUUCAGCGACUCAAACAGCAAACGGCAGAGGAGACGGAGGUGGUUCAUACAACAAGCAAUAAAAUAGGUGUUUUCAAUACUACAAGUAGUAACCUGUGCAACCAGAGCUCCAGUAAUGGCAGAGAAAUCAUCACUUUGCGACCCAACAAACAAAGAACCAAGAAGAGUAAAAAUCCCUUUGGAAGCUGCAGCCUAGUCUAGAUAGAAUCAUUUAAUUUUUGGUUACUACCUAAAGUUUUCCAAACUACAACAGUCAGUGUUUCUUUGUGAGGAGAUAGACACAUUAAGAAACCAAAGUCUGUAAAACCUGAGACAUUUUAGUCGUGAUAAGCAGAAGUUGAAUCAUCCUGAGUUGUUUCUGAUGUUGGUACUAGAUUAUCCUUGGAUUCAGCCUUGGGUCUUUAUUGUUAUUCUGUGCAUGAUAUCUUUCGAUGUUUGAGGAGAUUACUCAACAUGCACCGUUUUCUUAGGAUAGCACAAUGACUACAUGUUGUUGACCUUCACUUUGCAUGUUUGUUUGGUAUUUUCUGUGUUGCUCAGUGUAAAGGAGGAAGGAGAGGUGCAUAAUGGGAUGUUUGACUUGACG